CUGUCGUCCUCCAGAUGUUGUUCUGUUUCCUAGCUGUGUGGAGGAGGUCAGUGCCCUGGCUAAAGUCUGCCACCGCCAUCGCCUUCCCAUCAUCCCUUUCGGCACCGGGACGGGCCUGGAGGGAGGAGUCAGUGCAGUGAAGGGAGGCGUGUGUUUCAGUCUGAGGAACAUGAACCAGGUUCUGGAUCUUCACCAGGAGGACUUUGACGUGACGGUGGAGCCUGGUGUGACUCGGAAGGCUCUGAACGCCUACCUGAGAGACACCGGCCUCUGGUUUCCUGUCGAUCCUGGAGCUGAUGCGUCUCUGUGUGGUAUGGCAGCUACCAGUGCUUCUGGGACGAAUGCUGUUCGUUAUGGAACCAUGAGGGAAAACGUUCUAAACCUGGAGGUGGUGCUCGCUGACGGCACCGUCAUACACACAGCCGGGAAAGGCCGACGCCCCAGGAAGACGUCAGCAGGCUACAACCUGACAAACCUGUUUGUGGGUUCAGAGGGAACCCUGGGCAUCAUCACUAAGACGACGCUGCGGCUGUACGGCAUCCCAGAGUCCGUGGUGUCCGCCGUCUGCUCAUUUCCCUCCAUCCAGGAUGCCGUGGACAGCACUGUGCAGGUCCUACAGGCUGGAGUGCCCAUCGCUCGCAUAGAGUUUCUGGACGACGUGAUGAUUGAUGCAUGCAACAGGUUCAGUUGUCUCUCGUACCCUGUGACACCAACGCUGUUCCUGGAGUUCCACGGUUCUGAGCAAAGCCUGAAGGAACAAGUCAACACAACUGAGGAAAUCACUCAGAGUAACAGAGGCUCAGAUUUUCAGUGGGCUCAGGAUGCAGAGACGAGGGAGCGUCUGUGGAAAGCUCGUCAUGACGCCUGGUACGCUGCUCUGGCUCUCAGACCUGGCUGUAAGGCCUACGCAACCGACGUGUGUGUCCCUCUAUCUCAACUGCCCCGAAUCCUCGUGGAGACGAAAGAGGACCUGAUUGAAAGCAGACUUACAGGUCCCAUAGCGGGUCACGUGGGCGACGGUAACUUCCACUGCCUGCUGGUGGUCGACCCCAACGACCCGGAGGAGCUGCACAGGGUCCAUCUGUUCACUGAGAGACUGGCCAGGCGAGCUCUGGCCAUGGACGGGACAUGUACAGGGGAGCAUGGAGUGGGUUUGGGGAAGAGAGCGCUGCUGUGUGAGGAGAUGGGACCCAUGGCGAUCCAGGUCAUGCAGGGUCUCAAAGAUGUUCUCGACCCCAGUAACAUGAUGAAUCCUGGGAAAAUUCUACAGCCAAGAGAAAUAGAAAGUGUAUGUUAGUCACUAAACAUGGAAAAUCUGCUCAAUCAAAUGUGAAAGAUAAGAUCUCAACCAACGUUGUUAUUAACGUGGGAUUGGUCAUAAAUCCGUGAUGAUUUGACUCCAUGGACUUUAAGGGUGAGGGUUGAUCGCCCCCUGGUGCCUGGUUGCAGUAAACCCCGCCUCCUCCGUGAUAGCGUACGGGACAUGGACCAAACCAAAAUAAUCUAAAAAUAAAUCCUUUCUCAAAUCCUUCAGGUAGUUGUUAUCACACUGACGUGGGUUGAGCAGGUUAAGUGUUUUUGUUUCUGAUAAGUUCGGCUUUAAUUAGUUUGAUGACGUAACAAACGUCAUGAUUGACAGCUGAGACUGAUCGGUUAUAUAUCGGACUUCCUUGUCGUAAAACUAAAGUAAGUGGAGUCGCGCCGUCCAUCUUUAUUUUCAGUCUGUACUUUCUUUUACAGGAUGAUCUAAAAAAUAUAAGUUAGAAUAGAAAAUCAAGAAUGUUUUGUUUUUUAAAGAAAGAAAAAAAUGUUCUUAGUCAUAAAACUACUACUAAUAAUAAUAAUCCAUGAUUACCACCCUGGUGAUGGAUUUGAGGUCAAAUUAAGUGUUCAGAGAAUAAACAGUAAAAUCCCUGAGCAACCACAUUAAUUCAUGUGAAUGUUCUUAACUGCACGUGUUUAUAAAUCCCUUCUCUUUUCGAGGGUUUAGAUUUGAUCAAUAAUGUCUUAAAAACAUUGAUUUGUUAAAAUCUAUUCCAAUUGAAAAUUGGUUGUGUGUGUUUAUUCUGAUGUUGUGUUACUUGUGCAGAUGUGAAUGUGGAUCAUGAGUAAAUAUUUGGUUCUUCUCACGACUUAGUUUUGCAUCGUUGAUCAUAAAUGGAUUUGGAUGCCACAGCUUUGUUUUCUCAGAAAUGCAGCAGUAGACGGAUUAAAGAGCUAAGAAGACGUCCGUCUAUUAAUCUGGUGGAGGAUGAACCUCCGCCAGAGGAAUUCAUCUUAUCACUGAAUGAUUUAUUAGUCACGAUUUAUUAUUUAUUCAGAUUGAUUAGUCCAGUUCUUCAGGUUUGAAUGUGGAGUCUUGUUUGUAAAAUUCUGCAUGGCUGUGAUCUUCGCUGCUCCUCUUUGAUCGUGAACAAACUGCCAUUGAAUCAACGCAGAUCAUUUGUGUUAAACUGGAUUUAUCUCCUGCAGAGUUUUGUCUGUAUUCAGUCAAAUGUAUUUAUUGUAUUCUCGACUGAAUGUGCUGAAGCUCAGAGCCGAAAGGACAAAAAUAAAGUCUUCUCUGUCUCAA